AUGGCAUCUGGUGGAAUGGUUCUUAUCAAAUAUCUCUUAUUCUUCUUUAAUUUCAUUUUCUGGGUAAGUAUAUUUCUUGUUACGUGACCUCUUCUUGAAACUAAGGAGUGUUGUACAUUUCUGGAAGCUGUAAAGCUCAUGCAUAAUACGCCUUAUGCAUGGCGCCUCUGUAAGUCGAGGUAGCGUGCUGAUCGCGGAAUUGAAAGUGAAAGUGAAAGUGUCUAUAUGUAUAUGGCUGAUAAAUUCAAUGUUUUUUCACAACAAAAUUUUGCUCCUCUCCGAACCGAACCAAUCUCGAUGUCUUCGAAACAUGUACAGAACAUUUGAAAAUCGCACCAGUCUUUUUCGAGUAUACUGGUCGUGACUUAUCGAAAAUGUGUCACCAUUUCAGUAAACUGAGAUGACGAAAGGGAACAAAUUUCGAAUGAAAUAGGAUUUAUCUGAGUGUUUUUGACGCGCCUAUUUUCCACGGUUCAGUCGCUUAAGUGAAUUCGUUUAACUUUCACAACCCAACUAAUUUGCCAAAUCAAACUUUACAGAAUCCUCAAACAGGGAUCCAAUAAAUUAUUGAUGUACUGUUCUUACUGCACGUAGUAGGGGAUAUUUAUCGUCUACACAAGACCGCCAAUCGCUUGCUCAAUCGAAGUCACAAAUAUUCGUGUUCAUUGAAGCGUAUACUGCUUGCUUUUGUGUAUAUUUUGCUUCUUUUAUGUUUUUCCAGGUUCAGUGAGCAUAACAUAUAACUGUGCCUUUCCCUUUGUUUGAUUUAAAGGUAUUACAAGAGAAUUUUUUUCCGCCAUAUUUCUUGCUCAGUCAAGAAAGCAUGAGAGAGAUGUUUUUAAAAAAUCACUCAAUAUUUGUAUGCGUCCAACUGGUUCUGCUUACUAAUUUACGAAUUCUUUAACCCUUAUUAUUUUGUAUGUUGAUUUACAUAAAAACAUCUGUUGAAAUUCAAAAUAAAUCCACUGAAUUGUAUUGCUUUCUUAAAACAAUUCAAUAUUGCCAUGGAUAUGAUAUUUCUGAGGAAGCAGCCAUAUGUGAAUGAAAGAUGUUCUUCUUUUUUUUUAUAAAAUGCUUUUAAAACUUCCUGUAGAAACAAAAACUCAAAUAAAUGCAUAAACUUAAGAACGUUUUCCAGGCAUCUUUUAUGUUACUAUAGCUCCCAUUGUAUAUAGUGGGUAUGGAUACUUAUUAUAUCCCAUCAUUAUUAUACUUCCCCAACAGAAAAUGUGUUUCCCCUGGUAAAAAUACAUUUCACCUAUUAUCUCUUCCUUUUUCACUUCUGCACUAAACACCAUAGCCUUUGUCGUCAUAUGACUUUUCUGAAUGUAAGUGAGUAAAAAACAAAGAAAUGAUAUAUUCGGUUAAGUUUUAGACAAGUUUGUUGAAACUAACCAACACCAGUCUGAAAUUGAUUAGUUAACAGUUCAUGCCGUGUUGUCGCCAGAGAACGGCAAAUUUUGGCUGUGUAGUCUUGGGUUUAUUCCACAUGAAACCUGGACAAACUUUGAUGAUAUUCCUGUUGUGUUGAGAGUUAACAUAACAUAACUUUAUUUAGGUGUCAAUGUGAUAAGCUAAUUGAAGCUAAUUGGGGACACUAAGGGAAUAGUGGUUGAUUGUCCUCAAGAUUACUUAACAAUUAAUGAAUAAGGCUGGGUAUCUUAUGAAGAAUUAUGCAUUUUGAGGAGGGUGUUAUCCGUUGAGACUGUAGGCUUUCGUAUCAUACGAAGAAUUAUAGCGAUCUUUGUGCAUUAACCUGCAAGGAAGCUGCACUUUUGACGUCACCGGUUGAUUAAUUGCAAAAUUCUUCCAAAUUUGGGCACCAGUAGCUGGUUAUGGUGAAUUGUGCAUGUUAGCCAAUCAGAAUCGGGAAAAUAUUUUGAAUGAAUAAUGAAAUAAUUUAUCAAGAGGUAUCAAUAAUAAUUAGUCGUUUGAAUAAAGGGUAUGUCAUGGAAAUUUCACUGUUACUGGCAGCAUUUUUGUGGGUCAGAUUUUAGAAUUUUACAGUAUGUCAAUGAAAUUUUUUUUUUCAGCUCUCGGGCCUCGCUCUGAUUGUGGUUGGUGCAGUCAUCAAGGCAAAAUAUGGCGACUUUGUUGAAAUAACUACUAGCAGUCUGACAACAGGACCAGUCUUUCUCAUCAUCAUCGGCGUCAUUGUGGCCAUUGUUGGAUUUUUAGGAUGCUGUGGAGCAUACAAAGAAAAUUACUGUAUGGUUACCACGGUAAGUGCUAUGUGGAAGGGUGAAGGGGGGGGGGGGGGGGUGGGUAAAACCCCAAGGGGAAUUAGGGGAAAGGGGGGCUCUUUGGUUUGGAAUGAAAUCCAUUUUUUGAAGCGUAAAGCACCAAGAUUUUUUUAUUCUUUCCCCUUGGGGUGGGACCCGGUUUAACGCUUUAACCUUUAUUUGUUCUUUUUUGUGUUAAAGGCAAGAUCGGAAACGGAGGUGUGUAGUUGAGUGGGGUUUAGAGGUGUUCUUUUCCAAUUGUUUUUUGGGAUGGGUGAGGGAAAAAAAAAAAAAUUAAUUUUUGGGUACCAGGGAAAGGGGCUUGGGGAAGGGGGGAGGGGGGGGGGGGGCGUUGAGUAAAAGCCCAAGGUGCAUUAGGAGCAAGUGGUGCUCUUUGGGUUGGAAUGUAAUCCAUUUUCUGAAGCGUGAAGCACCAUGAAUUGUUGAUUCUUUCCCCCUUGGAUGGGAUCCGAGUUAACGCUUUAACCCUUAUUAUUAAAAUUUAUUUUCUGAUUUGGUACCCUUAUACCUUUUCUACUGAAGUAGUGAAGAGAAAUUGUGGAAAUAUCAGUUCUUUAUAUUAUUUUUGUGUGAUCAUGUCCUUAAUUCUUAUCACCACUGUGUUUUAUAAAGCAUUGAUAUUACAAGGAGAAAUUUGAUGCUGCUUAAGGGUUAAUUACAGGGAUAUCCCCAGCAGAAUGACGCCGCUGCCAAUGUAUACACCUGGGAUUAGAGAGACGAAGUGCACCAAAGUUUUUUGUUUAAGAAGAUGAUGUGAUGACAAGGCUCGAACCCUUACUUACAGAUCCUGUCCUACUUGUUACGUACUGUUUAAAAAAUGAGCGGGAGUGUAUUAUCAGGUUUAAAAACUCGAGAGGAAGCCAAGUUAUUACACCUGAUAAUACAUGACUGCGAGUUUGUUAAACAGCUUCAACAUCUCUGAUAUAUAUCAACUCAUUCUUGCACUAAAAUUUAGAUUUGGGCUGAUUUUGGUCUAAAAGAUUGGACGUUAAGUUUAGCCGUGUCUUUAUCAGAUAUAACAACUCUCGUUAAACAUUAAUUAAGUUUUGAACUGCUGUUAAAACUUGCCUCCAUUAAGCCCUAGGUGGUUGGGGGUGUGUGUGGGGUGGUCCACUAUUAUAAAAAUGAUAUGGAGCUGUGUGAACACCUUUCUUUCUUGGGUUUGAAAUGAGUCUUAAGGUUUAAGCUUUGAGGGAAUGGAAUGAGGCCCUCUAAGUGACACCUGGUCUAAAUUCAAAGUCACCGUUUGAUUCUUAAGCACAUGGAAGAAAAGACAAAUGCAAGGACAAUCUGGCAGUUCAUCAGAAGUCACCUGGGACUCCUUUAGUAAUGGAGGGGCCUGUGCAGAACAAAGCUUAUAAUGGAUGUGAUGCCAAAUUCUCCCGCUUUCUUUUCAGUUUGCUAUAUUACUGGUAAUCAUUUUCAUCCUGGAGAUUGCAGCAGGUGCCUUGGCCUAUGCCUUCAAAGAUAAAGUAAGUUCUUCAGUUCUGUUGGAGCAACAUACAUAUAUAUACAAAACAUGGCUGUUGACAAACCUGGUUGGCAUCCAACUGGAUCAAUCCCCAUAACCCUAUUCCUAACCUUCUGGCAUUUGGUGAAAUACACAGGUUGAUCUGAUCCGGUGCGAUCUAGCUGUUAUUGAUGCCUACAAAGCACUGUGUGUUUACCCACUUUUCUCAUAAGCGCAUAGAAAAACUACAAUAUUAACCUUAUGCUGACACCAUUUUUUAUUUGUCAUAGGAGCACAAUUUAGGACGUUCCUAUUGCUAAAUAAAAUAAAAUAAAUAAAUAAAUAACGAUUUGCAGGUAGCACAUCCACAUAGUGGUUCUUCGUCUACCUGAUUCCCGGUCGAGUAGGAAUUUGGAAAUGUUGGUUUUUGAGGAGAGGGGAAAACCGGAGUACGUGGAGAAAAACCUCUCGGAGCAAAGGAAAGAACCAACGACACAAACUCAACCCACAUAUGGCAUCGAUGCUGGGAUUUGAACCUGGGCCACAUUGGUGGGAGGCGAGUGCUCUCACCACUGCGCCACCCUUGCUAAAUAUUCACCGUAAUGUGCUUUGGGUGCAUAUUGGGCCCCUGUUAAUAAUCUAUUUAUGCGCCAUUUUUAUACUUAUACGCCAUUCAUGUGUAGCGUGGACCCAAUGCAAAAAUGGCUGCGAGAUUAAUAUUCUUGUGUUUGAAUUAAACUUAGCCUGACUAGCCUUGCUUGAGAUAAGGUAUUCUUUGAAUUUUGUACUUAAGAAUGAGGCUAGUUAAGGCUUUAUUUGAAUAUGAACAACAGAAUAUGAAACUACUGUGGCCAUUUCCUCUGCUUUAGGCCUAGUGAAAUAAUGACUUACACACACUGUGUAGCUGCACCCGUGUUCCGCCCUUUUUUACAUCAUGUAUGUGUCACUGAUUUCUGCUCAUGCGCACUAGUUUUGUUAUGUUAUCGACCACGCGGUCCGAUGUAGAGCCCAGAAAGGCGUAAUUUUUACCUUUCUGCUUGCUGUUUUCCAGUUUUUCUGUUUACCAAUUUAUUUGUACAUCUGUAUAUCUUAAAUUUGAUAGAGUCACUUCUUUAGCGAUUUGGAGAUGUAGUACGUGUAUGGAUUUGUGAUUAAAGCUAUGAUAAUCUGUUCAAGUAAAAUGGGUGUUUUGGAUUUCGGACCCGCGCUGGCAUACACUGACUUGCUGAUUUUAAUAUCUUUCUUGUUGUUAAUUUAGCUUGAGGGUUAUGUGAAAGAGGGGCUUGAAAAAGGUGUUGACAAGUAUGCUACCGAUAAGGUUAUCCAGAAGGCUAUGGAUAAAGCACAGAAAGAAGUAAGUUGCAUGGUUUUUAAUCACAAGUGGCCAAUACUUUUGCCAUCUCUGUUAGCCUUACUACCAAGAUACUUGUUGUAUUUUGAUCACAAGUGACCAAUACUUUUGCCAUCUCUGUUAGCCUUACUACCAAGAUACUUGUUGUAUUUUGAUCACAAGUGACCAAUACUUUUGCCAUCUCUGUUAGCCUUACUACCAAGAUACUUUUUAUAUUUUGAUCACAAGUGACCAAUACUUUCUGCCAUCUCUGUUAGCCUUACUACCAAAAUACUUGUUGUAUUUAAUUUUUAAUUAUUAACUGGUAAAUAAGAAAUAUUUACUUCAGUAUUAAUAAUGUGUUUGGGUUGAGUAAAAAACAUAUAGUCUAAGAUUUUUGUGUAUGUGCCACUAGUAUCACUGCCUGAAUCCUUAUUGAAUCUCCAAACUGUUUUUGGAUUGUUGCUUUAUCAAAAUGUGAUGCAAGCCUAUUAAUAAUAAUUUGACGGGAUUUGCAUAAUCUGUGCCACAGACAAAACUAAACCUCUGGGCCCAGUUGUUCAAAGGCUGAUUAGCACUUAACCCAGGGUUAAAUUUAACCCUGGUUUCCUUUUUCUUAUGUUCAAAAGUAUUUUCUCAAAUCUCGCACUAACCCUAGGUUAUCUUAACCCAGCUUUGAACAACUCGACCCUAGUUAAGUUUGACUAUCAACCAGCGCUGAAAUUCUUGUUCUAGGCCCCUAACUUUUACCCGGAUUAGAUUACUCACAAUGCAUGUGGUUGGCCUGUUAAAAGAGCCAUUAUCUGAUUGUCAAUCAGGUUGAAGAGAAGUUUAAAAUGCACUGUUGAUUCCAUUGGGGGCCCAGGACUAGGGUAUUGGUGCUGUUUGAUAGUCUUUAUUAAUCAGGGUUAGAUUAUGUCUGUGACAUAGGUUGGAUUUGUAUGGCCUCAUGGUGGUUGUAUUCAUGGGAUUCUACUGUCUGUCUUUUUCUUGUAGUUUGCUUGCUGUGGGGUUGAUAAUUACACCGACUAUUUCAAGGCUGGCAAUGGUACAGUAUUUCCAGAAUCUUGCUGCAAAAAAGGUGUAACUGGUUGCCCAACAACUGUGAGUGACGCAAAGAAAAAUCCAAGCAAGUUGAACUCAAAGGUAAGUGCAUGAUGUUAGGUGUUUCCUCAAAGAUAUUUUAGUACUUGAAACUUGGGUUGCAGUGGACAAGUCAAAUGGGGCAUGGCCGGAGACAAAGUAUUGUUGUAGAAUGUACUAAAACUCUGUUUAGCAAACACGGUCAUAAAGCAAAAAAAAAAGUUGAAAAUUUUGUUGUCAACUUCAGAGCAAAUUCCUUUCAAUUUUCUUCCUCAUAAUCAAUUUUUAAUUCCUGCUCAGUUUGAUGUUUUCAAGAUUAAUCUUGCUGUCCUACUUUCAGGGUUGUCUGUCAGAACUUGAAAAGUACCUUAAAGAUCACAUUGUUGUUGUUGGUGGAGUUGGUAUCGGUAUUGCUUUUAUUCAGGUUUGUAACUUAAUGUGUUCUUGUACUGUAUCUAUUGAAGGGUGUCAACUUCAAAGUAAUAACUUAAGUCAGAUGUAG